UACAGGUAUUCAAAACAUGCGCACAUUCAAAUUUAGCGCGCCAACUUCGUUAUACCUGGAUGGCGCCGCGCCGCUAUAGUAACCAACAACAGUACACAACAAACAUGGCAACGAGUGAACUGUCACUGGAACAGAUUCACGAGUAUUUCGUGAAUAACGGCGGGAUCGUGGAGAAUCGAGAUGUCGUGAGACACUUCCGGAAAUACCUGACGGAUCCAGCAUCGAAAGAUGAUGCGAGGCUCAAGUUCAAGAAGUUCGUGAACAUAUUGGCCGUCUCCAAGGUGAACGGAGACCAAAAAGUCUUGAGUCUAAGACCGAAGUACCUCUCGCAGGAGGUCCUCAGUCCUAGUAAAUAUGAUUCGAGGAAUGUAGUUGUUACUACUACUACUCCGACUAGUUCUCCUGGUCGAGCUCCACCGCCGUACAGACCUCCUCCACCUGUUUCAUCCCCGAGUCCUUCGUAUGAUAACAUCUCCUUGUGCUCGAACCUCUCGUUGACAGAACCGACUACUCCUCAAGCGCCACCGAGGAAGAGGUCCACUGAUAAGAGCAGAUUCAGUAUUUGCGAAAUGGAGACUGUUCAGGAUAAGGAGAACGAUGUUAUGGAAGGCGUGGAUAAAACCAUCAGCGUCAAGGAGCGUACGCAGAAGUUCAACAGGCUGGCCUCUGUGGAGGACGAGUGUAGUCCCAAGCAGGGACAGAACAAAGCCAAGAAGAAAUCCA